CCAUUGGUCCGCGGCGCUGGCGUCUCAGCGGGAGGAGCGUUCCGAUUGGCUGCGGCGGGGCUGGCCGAGAGAGAAAGGGAGUAAAGAAUGAAUGGGGAGGGGGAGAGUAAUUCCGCCCAUUUAGAACGUUGAUACAUUCUAACUUUUUUCCCUCCCCCUCUUUCAUCUCCCCUCCUCCGCCGUGUCUUCCCGGCACUGGCUACUUUCACACCAGACUCCGGGAGCGGCGGCGGCGGGAGCCGGCUGCUUCGCUGCUCGGUGUGCGCGCGGUUGACUCCGGGUUCGAGCCCAGGUGAAUCGAAUGGACCAACAACCCACCCCCAGGAGCUGCAGCCGGGGGCCCCCAGCCUGCGACACUGUCCAGAGUGACCCUCCUAUGAAUGUUUUCAUUCACACGACCACCGGGGCCCGGUAUGAGCUCUCUGUCCCCGUGGAAGAGACGGUGGAAGGUUUGAAGAGGCGGCUGUCUCAGAGGCUUAAAGUCCCCAAGGAGCGGCUGGCUCUCUUACAUAAAGAAAGUCGUCUGAAUUCAGGCAAACUGCAAGAUUUGGGGGUCGGAGAAGGCAGCAAGUUGACUCUGGUACCUACGGUGGAAGCUGGCUUGAUGUCUCAAGCAUCUAGACCAGAACAAUCCGUGAUGCAAGCAUUAGAAAGUUUAACUGAAACUCAGGUAAACGACUUCCUAUCCGGGAGGUCCCCCCUGACCCUCGCCCUGCGAGUGGGCGAUCACAUGAUGUUUGUCCAGCUGCAGCUGGCGGCUCAGCAGAACAGCGGGCAGCUCCAACACCGCCACGUGAUUGCCAGCCGCGGAGAGCAAGCCGGAGGCGCCACAGCGACCACACCGGUGCCAGCGGCUGGGCCAGCUGCCUCCGGUUGCCGCACCCUCCAUGGGGGCAGCCCCACGUCCUCCACUUUCACCCGGCUCCCCACGGCACCCGCUUGCCCGCAAAGCCCUAUGCCCAGUCCUGCUGCUUCUCCGUCGCCAAUGCAGACGAUGCCUCUCUACUGCACCGCCGCUAACCCCACGCCCGUCACGGCAGGGAUGUUCCAUUCGCACGGGGCCGGUGCACCAACGGUCAAUGGUGGGGGCAGCGGCAGCGUCCUUUCUUCAUGUUCAGAGGUGGACUGUGGCACACGGAGUAAAAGUUCGCCCAGCAGCAGCCCCACCCAGGCCUCCCGGACCCGCAAACACGGCGCUGUGAUAGAAAGCUUUGUUAACCACGCCCCAGGGGUCUUUUCAGGAACAUUUUCUGGCACUUUGCACCCCAAUUGCCAAGACAGCAGCGGGCGGCCGCGCCGAGACAUCGGCACCAUCCUGCAGAUCCUCAACGACCUCCUGAGCGCCACGCGGCACUACCAGGGCAUGCCCCAGUCGCUGACGCAGCUGCGGUGCCAGACGCAGUGCUCCUUGUCAACCCCCUCUCUGGAUCUUGCCAAUCACACUACCUCAGAAAGGACGGCAGCUGCUGCCAACCAGCCCUUGCACUUGGGGGCCCAGUGCCCGAGCCAAGCAGCCGCCUGCAAGCCCACCGGUGACCGCUUGCGACAGACAGAGAACCGUGCCACGCGUUGCAAAGUGGAACGCCUGCAGCUUUUGAUGCAGCAGAAACGGCUGCGCCGGAAGGCAAGGCGGGACGCCCGGGCCCCCUACCACUGGCUGCCCAAUCGAAAAUCUGGCCGCACCAGCAGCAACAGCAGCGUCUCUAGCGAAGGCAGCCUUGAUCUGGACUUCGAAGAUUCAGUUUGGAAACCCGAAGUCAAAGCGGACAUGAAAUCCGAAUUUGUCGUAGCAUAAAAAUAAUAAACCUUGGGCAGGGGAAACGGAAUCUUCUGGGGUGGGUGGGGCGGGGAAGGGGGUGUUGGAAAACAAGUUCAAAGACCCUUUAGUAAUAAUAAUAAUAAUAAUACAUUUUUUUGGUCCGUGAGAGCAAAGUUUUUGGGUGCUUGAUUAUAAAACAAGACUGGAUUGCUGUGGAUUUCGUUGGGUGGACCUUGUCUUCAGAUGCAUCGAGGUGGAUGAGCCCAGCCUUGGAACAGUAUUUUCUAUUUUCAAAACUGUUCUGCUUUUAUUUUAAGAACUGAAACAGCUUGAGGGCAAAACAGGCAAGCGAGAGACAAUUCAGAAAGGAAGAUGGCAAACACACUUCUUGGGGCUGGGGGGGGAAUUGUUUUGGUUUCAGAAAGAGGAAUCUUCCAGUGGCUGCCUUAGAAAACGUGUGGACGAAAAGCUGGACCAGUCAUGGACUGGGUGGAGAGAGAGGACGACUUUGACCUUCUGACAUCCUGAUUUUAUUUUAUGAUUGGGGAUCGGAGGGGGGAAGAGGAAGGGGAGAACCAACCGCUGGGGUGUGCUGGAAGCUGCUUCCUCCCCACCGGAGCAUUGGCGAAGGGGUGUGUUUCAAGCUGGAGGCAGUGUUGUGCCGGGAAGCUUCCUCCUUUUUUUUUUAAAAAAAAAAUUUAUUUGGGUGACUUUUGUGUAACGGGAAGCGCUGUGCAUUCUUCAGGCAAGGGGAGGUCCCAGAUGGAGGGUGGGCGGGUCAAAAAAAAACGGAUUGGAGGGUGUAUGCUUGUGUGUGUGUGUGUGUGUGCACACCUCUGUGUGUGUGUCUCUUUCUUUCUCCUUGAUAUGUAGCAUUUCUCAAUUAUUCUUGACCUGUCCAAUCUCCCGUAAGAUCCCCCUCCUCUUCCCUCCUCGCCUCCACAGACGUCUCCCUUCAUGAGGGCCGUGAGCACUUUAGAGAGGUGUGACUCGUGCAAGGAAGGGCAAGACCCCCAAAAUGUUUGGGGUGGUUCUGAAAAUAUCAAGGAAUUGAGAGAUGAUGGAGUGGGGGGUGCAGGGAAAAGGAAUACUGUAUGCCCUCUGAGGGCUUCCUCUCUCCGCGUUGUGCAACGUGGAUGCGGUUUUUAAAAUUCUGUGCAUUAAAUGUAAGAGGGGAUCCGAUCUUGCCUUUUUUGUUUGUUUUUUGCUUUUAAACAACCAACUAAGUGUGUUACGGGCUAGGCUGGGAGAGUAAGAUUUAAUUCCUGCCAUUCUGGAACAUCACUGGAGAGCUAGAAAGCAGUUUAGAUCUGAGCUGCCAUGCGGUUUUCUGCUUCUGUCGACAACCACACACAAAACCGAUCCUAACAUUUGGCCCCUCGACUCUCCAUGUUGCAGGACUAUCCUCACUCAGUCCCCUUUCGUAUUUACCUCCUCCUCCACUUUGGAUAGCUGCUGAGCCUGCUGAGCCUGCUUUCAAUGCCUCUUUUUAGCCCCUAGAAAUUGCCUGCAUCCUUGAUUCUCCCUCUCCCAUCUCUUCCAUGAAACAACCUCAGCUGUACCCUGGCUGUCUGACCUUUCUCAGAGGCGGUUUUGCCAGGGCCUAUACACAGGAGUCCAAAACAAACCCUCUUGUUACAGAGACCAAGCUCUUGUUCUCAUCCAAGGUUUUUUUUUAAUUAGGUUUUUUUUAUUUUUAAUUAAGGGACACAAAAGUAAUCUCUGGUAACUUAAGUAGUAGGGUGUUUUUUAGUUACUGAUAGACAUUGAUAAUCUGAGCCAGUAAUUUUUCAUAGGCUGUAGAAAUUUGUUCUUGUCCUUCUGUGCAGACCUAGCAACCACAAGUGUGUGUGUGUGUAUGUGAUGCUUUUCAAAGAAAAGACUGCAUGGAGAAUAACUUGGGAUCAUCCAACUUGUGAAAUAAGGAUUUAAUCUGCAAUCCCAUCUCGAUGAAAACCUAGCAUGGCGGGUUCUUUGCUCAGCACCUCUAGGUCAUGAUAUGAAUAUGAACGCAGGAUCAUAAAAAUAUCGCAAUCUGGAAAGGAGACUGGAGGUUGUAAUGGUGGGUCGUAGCUGGAUCUCUUUAGUAGAUCAUUUUCGAAGACUACACUUCCCAUGGGUUCCUUUCCAGAUUCCCCGACCAAUAAUGCCAUUGGUAUCUCUGUUUAUCAUAGCCUCUCUAAGAGCACAUAGGCAGUUCAAGAGCUGCAUUGUGAUAAAUGUGGGUGGGUAGCCUGCAACUGACCAUGGUUGAAGCUGAUACAAAUUCUCUAUCUCCUGCUUUAAACAUCCAUGCCAUUUUUGGUUCACCCAUCCAUACAGGUUGAACGGGAAGAUGAAAAUUCAUUUUCCGAUGUCUGUUUUUGCCACUUGAAAAGGUCAAAAGCUGGAAAGUGUCGGCUCUUCUUUUCUCCAGCCUUCAGUUUCAUUUGGGCUUUUGUUGACUUGUCCAGUUUUCCAAGUGGGUUUUGCAGACAUUAAAACAUGGGAAAACCCACACUGGGGGAAAAAAAGGCAGAGUUCCCUGUCCUUUUAUCAUUUUUCUCUUUGCUUAUCCACUGUUCCCAUAUGUGCAUCUAUGUACAGUUUGGGCAAUGGGAGAAAUGAUGGGUAGAGGAGAGAAACAGACAUCUCCAUUCACACCUAUCCUUGGCCCAGGAGUUUGUAACUCUACUUGUCCAAUAUUGGUUUUUCCCCCUUUAAAAAAAAGUAAUCAAAACCAGAAUAAACUUAUGAAGCAAAUGCCCCCUUUGAAAAAGGUUUUCCCGUCAGUUGCUCUGCAAUCUUUCUUCCCUCCCAUCCCUUUUGUUAGUUUCUGCCAAAUUUGUACCUGCUCUUGAAAUAAUUUUUCAGCGGUUGGCGCCUUAACAGCACGGCUGAGACCAGUGGAGGCAUUCUAGAAAAAUGAUGGGAAGGGGGUCAUUUUGGAAGGUUGAAGCCUGAGAUGUCCUCUGCUUUCCCCUUUUUGGAGGGACUUUUUCACCUAUUCCUUGAUGCACAAAACUUUUUGUAGCUCAGCAGAAAUAUUCUUGCCUGUUCAAACUGUGUGCAGUUCUGUGUCCAUUUAAAAUAGGUUCCCCCUCCCAUCUGUGAACUAUGGAGAUUUGUAAUUAGAGACUCGUCAACUCUUCUGGCUAUAUAAGUUUAUAUUCUGUUUAAUUGAACUGUCUUUUCGGUUAGCACACAGCCUCCCAACUUUGUGGGAGAAAAUAGGAUACCCAAGAUAGGGGGACAGAGAGAAAACUUUGCAUUGGAGUUCGGCUAGGAUUUCACGGGAACGUGUUUUGCGACAUUUCAUGGUUAGAAGUCGGGUUGAAGACGCGGCCUUCUCUCCUUUGUAGAUGAAUGACGAUUUCAGAAACUUCUUAAAAGGAAAACCAGGGUCCUGUGAAGAAUAGGAAGCCACCUUCCCUGGCCUGGCAUUUCCAGAGGUGCUGGGCCAACUCCAAUGAGUGGUGUCAUCCAGCACAUCUGGAUGGAUUGCAGAAGCCUUGGGGACAGCUCAGCCAAAUGAGAUGAUCCUGAAACAAAUGUUGGGGUGGUCUGCAAGGUGGUGUCAGAUUGUUGCUUUCAAAUAAAUUCCAUAUAUGUUUCUCCUCUUUGGUCCCCCCCAAUCUUGCAUUUAGCAAAGAUCCGCAAUAGCCCCUUAACCCCAUGUUUUGCUUGUAUUUUAAGACAGUUGCGCAGCACCCUCCUCUCCCUCAGGUGCCAUCAAAAUCUGCAUCCCUUUCUGGAACAUCUUGCCAACUGGAGGGAGUGGGGGUAAUACUCCCCCCCCAGUCAAAUUGUGUCAUUACACUUCCUCUUCCUUUUCCCUAGAUGUGAAAUUUCCUUUGUAUGUGAUGCUGUAGCGGGAUUUUUAAAAAGUUUUUUAAAUGUUUUUUUUAAGUGUAUAUUUAAAUGUACUACUUUUUUGUAUGGUGUGUGAGUGCAUAUAUCCUUACUCCCUGCCCCACCUACUCAUCCAUUUUUUUCCACUCUCACUUGGGUGGGGGUCAGCUUUCUCCCCCCCCCCCAUCUUGAAAGUUUAGGUAACAGCAAAAAUGAAUCCCAGAAGCAUUAUUUAAAAAAAAAAAGACCCUCCUGUGUGUGUGUUUUGAAAGAAUGUGUGCGGGAGGGGGGAAGGGGAAAACACAUAGACUUGUUUUAUCACCUCAUUUAAGUUACCUGUAUUAAAAAAAAAGAAA